AUGUCAGCCUCAGGGAGGAAAGAAUUCGAUGUGAAACACAUCCUGCGACUUCGUUGGAAAUUGUUCAACCACCCGUCACCAAGUUCAGCCGGGACUGGGGGCUGCCAGGACAGCUUUGAGCACUGGGGUCCCAGUCAAAACAGGUUGAAAAAUCACAACCAUGAGAGAGGGAGCUUUUGGAAAAAAACAAACACCCUCAACGGUGUCCUACUUCCAGCACAUGGCAGAAGUAGCCAUCUCGACUGCCAGCAACAGCAGCAAAGAACUGUUUUUUACGUCGAGGCAGUGGAAGAAGUGCCGAGGUUGCAGUUCACCAGGGACAGCAAGUCGUCGGUUGAAGAUGUGAAAGAAGAGAUGGUGCAUUCCGACUGUUGUAAGGGGACGGGAGAGAGAUGUCUGCACAGGCUGUCAGUGACUAACCGUUCCCUGAUGCCACACUGUGAUAUGGACUCGGAUAGCUCGGAGGAGUUCUUCCAGGCUGUGAACCAUGCGGAGCAAACCUUUCGUAAGAUGGAAAUCUACCUAAAGCAGCAUCAACUGUGUGAUGUCAUCCUGAUUGCUGGAAACCGAAAGAUACCUGCUCAUAGACUUGUUCUAAGUGCCGUCUCAGACUACUUUGCUGCUAUGUUCACGAGCGAUGUUUGUGAAGCCAAGCAAGAGGAAAUCAAAAUGGAGGGCAUAGACCCUAAAGCAUUGUGGGAUCUUGUUCAGUUUGCUUAUACAGGUUGCCUGGAGUUAAAGGAAGAGACCAUUGAAAACCUUUUAGCAGCAGCCUGCUUACUCCAGCUCUCACAAGUAGUGGAGGUGUGCUGUCAUUUCUUGAUGAAGCUUCUCCAUCCAUCAAACUGUCUGGGCAUCCGUGCAUUUGCUGAUGCUCAAGGCUGUAUAGAGUUAAUGAACGUGGCUCAUAAAUACACUAUGGAACAUAUUGUGGAGGUGAUCAGGAAUCAGGAGUUUCUGCUGUUACCUGCAGAUGAUAUCCUUAAACUUCUUGCUAGUGAUGAUCUGAAUGUUCCUGAAGAAGAGACAAUAUUCCAUGCCCUGAUGAUGUGGGUAAAAUAUGAUAUGCAGAAAAGAUGCAGUGACCUCAGUAAGCUUCUGUCCUACAUCAGAUUGCCUUUGCUUCCACCACAGCUCUUGGCAGACCUUGAGAAUAAUGCUCUUUUCAAGGAUGACCUGGAAUGUCAAAAACUCAUUCUUGAAGCCAUGAAGUACCAUCUGUUACCAGAGAGACGACCUUUGAUGCAAAGUCCAAGGACUAAGCCUAGAAAGUCCACUGUUGGAGCUCUGUAUGCAGUUGGAGGGAUGGAUGCUAAUAAAGGUGCCACAACAAUAGAAAAAUAUGACCUCAGAACAAAUACAUGGGCCCAAGCAGGAGUGAUGAAUGGUAGGAGGCUGCAGUUUGGUGUGGCUGUCAUUGAUGAUAAACUCUAUGUGGUUGGAGGCAGAGAUGGACUGAAGACUUUGAACACUGUGGAAUGUUAUGACUCGAAAACAAAGACUUGGACUGCCUUGCCUCCCAUGUCAACUCACAGACAUGGUCUCGGUGUCGCAGUGCUAGAAGGACCUAUGUAUGCAGUAGGUGGCCACGAUGGUUGGAGUUACCUAAAUACAGUAGAAAGGUGGGAUCCACAAUCUCGGCAAUGGACUUAUGUGGCCAGUAUGUCCACUGCCAGAAGUACAGUAGGAGUGGCGGCAUUAAAUGGCAAGUUGUAUGCUGUAGGAGGACGGGAUGGAAGUGCCUGUCUCAAAUCAAUAGAGUGCUAUGACCCACACACCAAUAAAUGGAGUUUGUGCACCCCAAUGUCCAAGAGAAGAGGUGGAGUAGGUGUUGCAACAUGUGAUGGUUUUCUAUAUGCAGUCGGAGGUCAUGAUGCUCCUGCUUCAAACCACUGCUCUCGACUUUCAGACUGUGUGGAGAGAUAUGACCCCAAAACUGAUACCUGGACAACAGUGGCAUCACUGAGUGUGCCUCGAGAUGCAGUUGGCGUUUGCUUACUUGGGGAUGGACUCUAUGCAGUUGGUGGAUAUGAUGGACAGACCUAUCUAAACACAAUGGAAUCAUAUGAUCCUCAGACCAAUGAAUGGAUUCAGGCAGCAUCACUGAACAUCGGAAGAGCUGGAGCUUGUGUUAUUGUUGUCAAACAGCUAUGA